UCUACGUACUUUGAAUCAGCAAACAAAGAUGAGAAAUCUAAUAACCUUUGGUUUGGACGGCGAAAACGAGCCCGUACCUAAAAAAAUAUUUAUGUCCGACGUGGUUGUGACGAGGAGUAGGAACCUAUUUCGUGGUCGUAAAUGGAAUGUUGUCGAUAUCAUAACCGUCAUCUGGGUAGUAUUUGUUCACUUUUUAAUGAUUUUCGCACCAUUCACAUUUACUUGGGGUGCCUUUUGGGCUGCAUUUUUGUGCUAUGCCUUAUGCGGGAUGCUCGGUUUAACUCUCUCGUAUCACCGGAAUCUAGCACACCGCAGUCUCAAGUUGCCUAAAUGGCUCGAAUACACCUUUGCUUACUUCGGAGUUCAAGCUGCUCAGAGAGACCCAAUAUUUUGGGUGAGCAUACAUAGGACCCAUCAUCAAUAUGUUGACUCUGACAAAGAUCCACACUCUCCCACCUACGGGUUUUGGUUUAGUCACAUUGGUUGGCUGUUUGAUAGCGGCUACAUUGUUGAAAAGUACAAAGAACGCAAAAACGUUGAAGAUCUAAAGAGCCAACCUUUCUAUAGAUUUAUCAGAAGAACUUAUGCAUAUCAUGUACUUGCAUUUGCGGCUGUGGUAUAUGCUUUAGGUGGUUUUUCCUACCUUGUUUGGGUUGUGGGUGUGAGAAUCACAGUGAGUUACCACUUGACGUUUUUAGUAAACUCGGCAUGUCAUAUAUGGGGAAGCCAAGUUUGGAACACCGGUGAUCUCUCCAAAAACAACUUGUGGGUGGCGAUGUUUACAUUUGGAGAAGGAUGGCAUAACAAUCAUCAUGCGUUUGAGUAUUCGGCUCGUUUUGGGUUACAAUGGUGGGAGAUUGACCUUUGUUGGUGGUUUAUACUAUUUCUUGAGAUGGUAGGGUUAGCCACCAAUGUCAAGUUACCGUCCGCAGCUCACAAGCUUAAAAGAACCUUUGCAUCUAAUAACAAAUUCAAGUGAUUCGAGAGCUUUUGUGCCACAGUGGCCAUUGGUCGAAUUUAGAUAUAUUAUAUAUCAUAUGUAUGGAUAUCUCUUUCUUGAUCACGUAAAUGGUCUAAAAAGUCUUGCAAUAACAUACAAGUGUUCAACGUAUAAAUGAAUCUGGUUAUUUUCAGCUUAUUAAUGUAACUGUGAGGUUGGAUUAGGACACAUUAUUUGUCAGAUAACGUGGUCCUUUAUGGUUUUAAUUAUAAUAAGUUAAAAGCUUAAGUUAGUCAAA